UAAAACUACAAAUCCCGUCAUGGGUCAGAUUGCACCGCGCAUGCGCACCAGCACUGGCCUGAUGCUGUUUUGUUGAGAGCUUGAGAAAAGAGAGUGAAACUUCAAGGCUUCAGGUGAAGAGAAGAUUUUAGCCUAAAUAGGCACAUGAGUUUGCAGAAGUGUCCUCCUCCUGUCAUGAGAUCUUGCCUGGCCCCUGGCUGCCCCUCCUGCAGUUGAUGACUCUGCAGCCGGUGUGGAGAUGACGGACAGUGUCAGAGCGUUUCUCCGCAAUGUUGCGACGGGGAUCAAAGACUCCAUCCUGGGCAUUGGAACCAUCUCCAAGCUCGAUGCUCGGAUUCAGCAGAAGAGGGAGGAGCAGAGGAGGCGCAGGACAUGCGGGGCCCUGGCGAUGAGACGGGCUCAGAGUGAGGAACGAAAACAGGACAGUGAACCAAAACUAGCAAGUCGAAUUUUUCAGUGCUGUGCCUGGAAUGGAGGUGUAUUUUGGCUAAGUCUGUUCCUGUUUUAUCGAGUGUUUAUCCCACUGCUGCAGUCCAUAACUGCUAGAAUCAUAGGUGACCCUUCUCUGCAUGGUAAUGUGUGGUCCUGGCUGGAGUUCAUUCUGACAUCUGUAUUCAGUGCUCUCUGGGUUCUGCCUCUAUUUGUGCUUAGCAAGAUAGUCAACGCCAUUUGGUUCCAGGACAUUGCUGAUCUGGCGUUUGAAGUGUCUGGACGUAAAGCUCAGCCUUUCCCCAGCGUCAGCAAGAUCAUUGCAGACAUGCUCUUCAAUCUGUUGCUCCAGGCCCUCUUUCUCAUACAGGGAUGGAUUGUGAGUCUCUUCCCCAUUGAUGCUAUUGGUCAGCUGGUCAGUCUCCUGCACAUGUCUCUGCUCUACUCGCUUUACUGCUUUGAAUAUCGCUGGUUUAAUCACGGGAUUGAAAUGCACCAACGGCUGUCAAACAUUGAGAGAAACUGGCCGUAUUAUUUUGGCUUUGGUUUGCCCAUGGCACUACUGACUGCGCUGCCCUCUUCAUACAUCAUAAGCGGCUGUUUGUUCUCCAUUCUCUUCCCGCUUUUCAUCAUCAGCGCUAACGAGGCAAAGACCCCAGUCAAGCUCUACCACUUCCAGCUCCGCCUCUUUUCCCUGGUCGUCCUCAUCAGUAACAAACUGUUCCACAAGACGGUGCACCUGCAGAGCUCCCUCACGACCUCCACGUCCGCAGAGAAGCUACCCUCGCCUCACGUGUCCCCGACGCGCCAGCGACCUUCACCCCCACAGUGACCUCUUUCAGGAUUCCUAACUCUGUUCGGUUUGAGAGAGUCGGGCGGAUAGGAAAACGAUUUGAUUUGCGUCCUCUGAAUUUGAAAGCGUGUGUCGAUGUUCUUCUGAGGGAUGAAUCGGACGGGUUGGUAUUGUGAAUGACCGGUGUUCGGGACUGGAUACACACACAGUCAUGAUUGUCUGUGUGACUUUUUUUUCUUUUUUUUUUUGGACUAUUUUUGUACCCAUUAUGUGCCAUUUGGGUGAUUUGUAGAGACAGCACAAAGACCUCAGCAUGCACAUUUUCUGUGAACUGGCCCUCCCUUAUCUUUUAGGCCCUGUAGUUUCUAUCUCGACUCAUUUUAUCUAUUUAUGGCCUUCUUUUUAAUUUUAUGUAAUGACAUUUUCUGCCUUGUGAGGCCCAGACAAAUGACAAUGUAUUUAUCAGUUAACACUAAGCUCUAUGACAUGCUUUAGUUAAUAAAAGGGCCCCAACUCCCCCCCCCCCCCCAAUGGUUUAUUUUUCUGCACUGAAAACUGAACUAGACCGAAAGUGAUCAAAUUGAAAGGCUUCUUUAUGCAAGGGAUGUUUCUUGACCUAAAAUGCUCUCUUCUAGACUUUUUAAAGCUCUUUAUUGACUAGUUGUCUUCUUAAAUUCUGUCAUCAUUUAUUCACCCUCACGUUUCUUUCAUCUGUGGAACACAAAAAUAGAGCUUUUGCUAAAUGUUCCUGCUGCUCAAUUAUACAUUUGUUGUAUGAAAAAGAGCAGUUCAAACAUUUUGUGUUCCACAGAACAACAUGAGGGUGAAUAAAUGAUGACGGAAUUUUAUAUUCUAUUAAUGUAAUAAUGUAAAACUCAACUCAAAAGGGAGCUGCUUUUUAUUUGGUUUCUUUUAUAAUGCGUUUUUAUUUUGGGAAUACCAUGUCAACGUGAUCCAGUGUCAUCUGUAAUGGUUCGGGGAUGAUUUUCAACAGUAUGCACACAAGUUUUAUUCCUCUGCUGCUGUCAGGUGACACUGCCAAACUGUGUGACACGUCUGAAACUGUUCUUUAAAUGAUCACAGAUCCAGUUUCUGAUGAAAGCUGGCAUGUCAAGUGGAUGUCUACUGUGGUGUAUGUUCCUUGAGUUGAGUACCUGGAACAUGUUUUCGAACAUUUGAAACUGAAGCACAUAUUAAAGGCCUGUUUUGAUGUCAUUGUGUCCGUGUGGGGUGGGUGGUGUGUAUUUUAAAAAGGGUUGUAAUUAUCGUCAGGAGUCCAUAGUGUUACACCUACAGACAGAUAUUUGUGAGUGACAUUUUGUAAAAGUAUUACAUUUAUUUCAAUAAAUUUGGUCUGUAUACAGUA